AUGGAUGGAAACAGGGUGACCACCAGCGAUUGCCAUUAUUAUUGCGGGGCGCAGAUGAUGCGGAAAUGGCAGAUCAACCCGUCGCCGGCCGAGAAGGCCUCAUCCAGCCCAUCCAUCAUUGUCAACCACUAUCCAAGACCGUCAACGACCGCUGGGUGUCCUGGUCUCAUCUUCCAGGCUUCCCACGGUCGUUAUACCUGUCACAUACCUCGCCCGAAUCGAGGCCACAACUGCUGUUUCAAAAUGCCGAACCCAUCUCAGUUAUUCCUCCUUGCUGAUCACAUCAAGUUGUCACUGUUGGAGCGGCAACGAGCGAUCUCGUUGAAUCUGGAGCCCAAUAGUCAGGAUGGAGAAAUCUCCCGCUCUUUAGAAUCUCUACGGGAAGGCAUUGAAUCGGUAGAAUCGGAAGUAUCGCGUUUGGGGGAAGCGAACGAUGUUGCCGCCAUUGAUCUUAAAGAUCAACUCCAUUAUCUACAGUCACAAUAUCGAGACCUUUCAUCCCAAUUUCACGAACAAGACGAUUCGGUCUUGGACUCGGAUUUCAGUAAUGUCAAGAAGUCGUCUCCUGACCUGAAACAGCCUAUUCCACAGCAUCCGCCUUCCAAGUCUGUCCGAUUCAUGGAUUCCGCAGCGGAAGACGCUGAUGAAAAUCGUCGCAACCUCUUCCAGCCAUACCGCGACUCUCCUUCUCCUCCAAGUCCGGACCACUCCAACAUGUCCAAUCAACAGAUUUAUGACCAUCACGCUGAGACCCUCCGUGAGCAGGAUGAACAGUUGGAUCGGCUGGGGGAGUCAAUCGGGCGACAGCACCAGCUCAGCAUUCAGAUUGGCGAUGAGCUGGAAGGACACAUCGCACUGCUUGAUGGCAUGGAUGGCGAUGUCGACCGGCACCAGCGACGAUUGGAUGGCGCGAGGAAAAGGCUGGAUAAGAUCCGAAAGAGGGCAGGUGAGAACUGGAGUAUGAUGACCAUCAUUGGUCUGAUUAUCAUUCUAGUCAUUCUGAUUGUGAUCUUGAAAUGA